AUGCAACUUCUACUACCAUUAGUAUCAGCAUUUAUACUACUAAUAUCCAUAGCAUAUUCAUCACCACGACUAGAGAGGUUAACAACAGAAACUCGUAAUUACCUAACAGCACAAAAUAUAUACAACCAUCAACAACAUGCAUUGCAGAGUGAAUCUGUGGAUGUUAAUCAGCCAACAAUAACCGAACCAAGGCUUUCUCCAUCUAUAGCUCCUUUGGACUAUAGAUCAAUAGCAGACUGUAAAUUAACGGAUUUGUUAUUAAUAAGUGAUAUAGAUGGUAAUCUCCAUGGAGUUGAAAGGAAUAGUGGGUUAUUAAUUUGGACAUUACCGAUAGAUGAACCUUUGGUGAAAAUUAGAACCAAUACCACUCAAUCACAAGAAAAUUCACAAGCAACAAAUAUUCUUUGGUUUGUUGAACCAUACCAAGAUGGAUCGUUAUAUUAUUUCACACCUAAAUUUGGAUUGAAUAAACUACCGACAAGUAUAAAAGAUCUUGUAAUGGAAUCGCCGUUUUCAUUAAGUGGAGAUGAUAAGAUCUAUACCGGAACAAGAAGAACUUCCUUGUAUACAAUCAAUAUACAUACAGGAGAAAUUAAAUCCUCAUUUGGAAAUGACGAAAAAUGUCCUAUACCGAAUAGUGUCCCCGCUUCUCCAUGGAAUGGACAAUAUAAGCCGGAUGAUACGGUCAUGGUCGGAAAGACUACUUAUGAAUUAUCCAUUCAUUCUAAAACAAACAGUAAUAUUGUCUGGAAUGUUACCUAUUCUCAAUGGGUUCCAAAUAACAUUGAUAAUGACUUAAUUAUGCAAAAUCAACAAUCUUUAGACAAAUUAUAUUUCACACCUUUCCAUGAUCGUUCAUUACUUGCGAUAAACCAAGACGUGGGGACUCCAAUAUGGAUAAGUAAACUACCAGCAUUAGCAGUCAAUGUAUUUGAUGUUUUCAAUAAUGGGAAAAAUAAUGAAUAUGUGUUAUUACCUCAUCCAUUGAAAGUAUUAAAUGGUUUGCAGCAUCAAGAACACGACGCAAACAGCAACGGUUUGGUAUUCAUAAACAAAACAUCGAAUUGUCAAGAAUGGAUAGCAAUGAGCUUUACAAAUUAUCCAACAUUAAUCAAAAGUGCACCAAUAUCAAAUUAUCAAACUAUCAUAAAUAAUUAUUAUCGUGGUCUUAGUGAUCAACUACACUUUAUUGAAAAUUUCCAUCUAGCUAAAUAUCCAGAAGAUCAAGUUGAAAGAUUGGUUACAGGUAUACAUCGAGUAUUUGAAUUAAGCUCAGACACAUCAUAUCAACCAAUGCCAAGAUUUACCACUUCCAACAUCAAAAGAAUCGGAGAUGGGAGACCACAUUCACCCGAAGAACAACAACCACCAGUUGACGCGAAUAUUGCCGAUCAAAUACCAAAUAUCAUGGAUGGAAUUAAAUUCCCGGCAAAAAUACCAACAGGUUCAGAUAUAAUCUUCCUUGAACCAAUAAAUGAUCAUGAAUAUGAAACUCUGGGUAUUGAACCGCCUCCACCUCCAGCUCCAAAUACUAUCACUACUUCGGCACGUUUCGCUCGUAGGAUAUUUGAGGAUUUGGCGGUGUUGUUGGUUGUGUUUGUGUUAUUGAUGACAUUUGGGAAAUCCAAUAAGUUUAUCAGAAGAAUGUUUGGUGAAUAUAGAGUAGAACAGAAGAAUGAUCAGGAAUCAGGAACUGUGGAAGAAAUUAAACAAGAGAUAGGCAUAACUAAACAAAAGACUAACAUAGGUAAGAACGGUACGGUUAAUGAAAUUGUGGAGGAAAAAUUGAUUAUGUCUAAAUUCGCUGAUGAAGAUGUUAGUGAAAAGACGGUAUCUGCUAGUUCAGAUUCCUCCAAUGAGGACAAAUCCACAGUUGAUGACCCAAGUCCAAAGAAGAAAGUUGUGAUUGUUGAACCGGAAUCAACAGAGCACAAAGAAGGUGAUGAAAAUGACGAUAUAGAUACGGAUGCACCAGUUACGAAAAAGAAGAGAAAGAGAGGAAGUAGAGGUGGGAAACGUGGUGGAAGAAGAAUCAACAAGAAUAAAUCUGAUGGUGAUGGAAGGGAUGAUGAUAAUGAUGAUGAAGAUGUUGAAGAAAUCAUUAGAGAAGACGAAGAAGUCGUCAUAUCAACAAAGAGUCUUUUAAAAGUCAAUCCAGUCCCUCCAAAAUCCAAAAAGAAACUUCAAAUCGAAAACAACCUUGUUAUUUCCGAUAAGAUUUUAGGAUAUGGAUCUCAUGGGACUGUAGUAUUUGAAGGAACUUUUGAGAAUCGUCCUGUUGCUGUUAAGAGAAUGUUACUUGAUUUCUUUGAUGUUGCCAGUCAUGAAGUUCGUCUUUUACAAGAAUCUGAUGAUCAUCCUAAUGUGGUUAGAUAUUUCUGUUCUCAAUCUUCUGAGUCGGAGAAGUUUCUUUAUAUUGCGUUGGAAUUAUGUUUAUGUACCUUGGAAGAUAUUGUUGAAAAGAAGCAACCAAUGUUACGAAUUCCAAGAAAAAAUGAUAUUUUGUAUCAAUUGGCAAGUGGAUUACACUAUUUACAUUCAUUAAAGAUUGUUCAUCGUGAUAUCAAACCCCAGAAUAUCUUAGUGGCAGAUGCAAAGAGAAAGAAACAUCAUCAUCAUAAACAAAAUGGACUGACUCAACACCAAGAAGAAAAUAAUGUUCGUUUGUUGAUUUCCGAUUUUGGAUUAUGUAAAAAAUUGGAUAAUGAUCAAUCAUCAUUCAGAGCAACCACUCAACAUGCAGCACUGGGCACUUCCGGUUGGAGAGCACCGGAAUUAUUAUUACACCAUGAUUUGUCUGAAAUAUCACCAGAUUCGAUCUCAUCGGUUCAUUCACAAAAUGGAACAAGUCACCCAUCAUCAUCUUCUUCUUCUGGUAAGAGGUUAACCAAAGCCAUUGAUAUUUUUUCACUUGGAUGUGUAUUUUAUUAUAUUUUGACUGGUGGUUCACAUCCAUUUGGUGAUCGUUAUCUUCGUGAAGGUAAUAUAAUAAAAGGUGAAUAUGACUUGAGACAAUUAUUAGAAAAAUGUCCCAAUGAUAAAUAUGAAUCCACUGAUUUGAUUUCAAGUUUAAUCUCGGCAAAUCCUUCAUUAAGACCAAAUACAUCCAAGAUUUUAAAACAUCCAUUGUUUUGGGAAAAUCAUAAACGUCUUGAAUUUUUAUUGAAAGUAAGUGAUAGAUUUGAGAUUGAACGUAGAGAUCCACCAAGUGAAUUAUUACUAAAAUUGGAAGCUAGAGGUUAUAAGAUUCACCAUGGGAAUUGGCAUAGAAAAUUUGAUCAAGAAUUCUUGGAUAAUUUGGGCAAAUAUAGAAGAUAUAAUCCUGAUAAAUUGAUGGAUUUAUUAAGGGCCAUGAGAAAUAAGUAUCAUCAUUUCAAUGAUAUGCCUGAAUCAUUACAGGCAAAGAUGAGGCCAUUACCUGAUGGUUUCUACAAAUAUUUCAAUGAUAAGUUUCCUAGGUUGUUGAUGGAGGUUUAUUAUUGCGUGGAAGAAAAUUUAAAGGAUGAACAUGUAUUUACGGAAUAUUAUGUCUAG